AUGCUCGAGCUUCCGGCCUUCGAUCCCGUCAACGACAACAACGCAACCAUGAAUCGACAGGCCAUUCGCUCGGUCUGCAGCCGGGCGAGGCCGGAGCUCGAGAGGAGCGGCCAUGCGCUGCGAAACUACUUUUCCACGUCUCAAUGGCUCGCCGCGGACGACGCAACGCCCAACACCCCGAAGCCAGCGCCUACCCUUCGACAGCGAACACGAGCCGCGACGAGCGAGAUCAACUCUCUCGUGAAGAACAAGGGCCCUUCCACACCCGGCCAGCGGCCUCAGCAGGGCGCCGGGCCCAGAUCCAGCCAGCCCAAGGUCCUUGACGUGAGGAGUCUGCCGAGAGGGGUAUUCCGUGGACGAGGUGGCCUUCGAGGCCGGGGCGGUGCCACCGCCGGUCAGGGAAAUGCCGCCCAGCGGGCUCCCUCGCCCGCAGGAGGCAACCGGUUCUCGAGACCGAGCCGGGGCUCAGCUACGCGCGGCGGGCGCGGUGGACGAGGCGGACGGGGGGGUGCCCGGGGAGGCAAGCAGCGGGCCGACCGAGACGACGCGGACAAGGACGCCAAGAAGGGCGGGCGGCGACAGGACCCCUUCGAGACGAUGGACCCCGCGGAGCAGGAGUUUGACAACGCCAUGCGGUUCGGCACCAAGACGCAGUACACGCCCUCGCUGACGCUCGAGUCACUCGCCGCCUUCAUGCCGGCCAACGCUUCCACCGCCCAGGGCCGCACCGCCACGGUGGUGCAGAACCUCAGCGCGCUGGGCACCGCGGACCCCGUCGGCGCACCGCAGGACCUGCAGGCCAAGAGCUACGCGCAGGACCUCGAGGACGAGGGCGUGCGGUUCUUUGCCGACGCCAAGGCGCGCGACGCCGCCGAGGCGUACCUCCAGAAGAAGCGACAGGACGAGGCCGCGGGCAAAGAUGGCGAAGAGGCUGCGGCGAGCACGGAGCGCAUCAUCCAGGAUGCCGAGGAGGCCAUCCGCAAGGUUAUCCUCGAUAAGGCGGUGGCGGGCCAGCACGAGAAGCCUCAGUUUGCGGCGGAUCCCGUGGGUGUGGCCCGCUCGUGGCACCUCCGCGCGGAGACGUACGCGCAAAAGGACAUUGACAGCUUCGAGAAGAAGCUCAAGUCGUUGGUUGGGGGAGGCGCCGCGGCGGGAGGAAAGGCCGGAAAGAAGGGCAAGGCUCAAGCCAAGGCGUAG